AUGACGCCUAUGCCCGCAUCUCACGGCCACAACGAGGCCUGCUGCAACAUACCUCCUGUUGUCUCUAAGGGAUAUGAGGCAAAGGGAACUUAUAAGGAGAUCGGAGGGUAUAAGACUUAUGUUACUGGUCCCGUCGACGCUAAGAAGGCCAUUGUCGUGAUCUACGACAUCUUUGGAUACUUCGAUCAGACUCUUCAGGGAGCUGACAUCCUCGCCUUCAGUGAUGCUCACCAGAAGUACAAGGUCUUCAUUCCUGACUGGUUCAAGGGCAGCCCCUGCCCCAUUGAGAUCUACCCUCCCGACAACGACGACAAGAAGAAGCAGCUUGGAGACUUCUUCGGCACCUAUCCUCCCCCCAAGGUUGCCGGCCAAGUUCCUGACUAUGUAAAGGCUGUCAAGGACCAGGACUCUUCCAUCGAGAAGUUCGGAAUCAUCGGAUAUUGCUGGGGUGGCAAGGUCGUUGCUCUCAGCGUCAAGGCAGACUCUAACCCCUUCUCCAUUGCCGCCCAGAUCCACCCCGCCAUGGUAGACGCUUCUGAUGCUGAGGGCCUUUCGGUCCCUACCAUGCUUCUCGCAUCCAAGGAGGAGCCCGAUGAGGAGGUCAAGAAGUUUGAGGACAACCUCAAAGUGGCCAAGCACGUAGAGACCUUCAAGGACCAGAUCCACGGCUGGAUGGCCGCUCGUGCCGAUCUCAGUGACAACCGCGUCAAGGAGGAGUAUGAAAGGGGUUACAAGACAGUCCUUGAGUUCUUCGGUAAGAACUUCUAA